UCCUUUCCUCUGGAGUACUAGGUGAGGAAUGUUGCAGAGCUGUUAAACUAGUAAGCAAUUAAUUGCUUCUUGGAAAGAGACCUUAUCUCUUUCUUCUCUCUCCCAGUGAGAAAAAUGUGGCUGAAGUUUCUUUUGACUAUUCUUCUCCUGCAUGUAACAGCUGCAAAGGAACCCGAGCUGCAAUAUGUCCUGAUGGUGCCUGCUGUCCUCCAAACUGACUCUCCAGGUCAGAUUUGCCUGCAGUUCCUUAACCUCAAUGAGACAGUAUCUGCCAGAGUCAUCCUAGAAUAUGGUGCUGUUAACACCACUAUUUUUGAGAAAACCAUGACACCAAGCAGCGGUCUACAGUGCUUCAACUUCACGAUUCCUCCUGUCAGUUCCACCCCAUUGGCUUUCAUUUCUUUCUCUGCGAAGGGGGGCAACACAGUCAGCCUACAAGAGCAGCGGUCGGUGAUGAUCUGGAAAACAGAGAGCAUUGUCUUUGUGGAGACAGACAAGCCCAUCUACAAACCAGGACAGAGUGUGAUGUUUCGUGUUAUUGCCCUGGAUUUCAAUUUUAAACCUGUCCAGGAGAUGUACCCCUUGAUUGCAAUUCAGGAUCCACAGGGUAACAGGAUCUUUCAGUGGCAAAAUGUGACAUCAGAGAUGAACAUUAUCCAAAUUGAAUUCCCACUAACUGAAGAGCCUAUCCUGGGGAUCUACAAAAUCAUUGUAGCAAAGAAGUCAGGAGAUAAAACAGAUCACUCAUUCCUUGUGGAGGAAUAUGUGUUGCCAAAAUUUGAUGUCACAGUCACUGCACCAGAAAGCCUGACAAUCCUGGAUUCAGAGUUCACAGUGAAAGUCUGCGGAGUGUACACCUAUGGCCAGCCUGUUGAAGGGAAAGUCCAGCUCAGCGUGUGCAGGGAUUUUGAUUCAUAUGGGAGAUGCAAGAAAAACCCAGUUUGUCAAUCAUUUACAAAAAAUCUGGAGAUAGGAGGCUGCCUCUCCCAGGUUUUCAGCUCCAGCAUCUUUGAGCUAAAUCGCGUUGGUUACAAGAGGUUUCUUGAUGUGAAAGCCAUUGUCACAGAGAAAGGAACAGGCCUGCAACUUACAUCUACUCAGUCUAUUUUCAUAACUCGGGUGAUGGGCAGUAUACAGUUUGAGAACAUAGAUCACCAUUACAGAAGAGGAAUUCCUCUCUUUGGACAGAUGAAGCUGAUAGACAAAAACAACUCUCCUAUUUCCAAUGAAGUUAUUCAGCUAUUUGUCAACAACAAGAACACAGACAACUUCACCACCGAUGAAAAUGGUGUUGCAGAGUUUAGCAUUGACACAUCUGAAAUGUUCGAUCCUGAGAUCAAUCUGAAAGCAACUUAUAAAACCAGUCACCAGUGCCACUCUGAAGGCUGGGUAGAGCCUUCCUACCACGACGCGUAUCUCUCCAUCCAGCGCUUCUACUCCUGGACUAGCAGUUUUGUGAGGAUUGAGCCUUUGUGGAAAGAUCUGAGAUGUGGGCAGGAGAGGAGGAUCACUGUGCACUACAUCUUGAACACAGAAGGAUACAAGAACAUCAACACCAUGAACUUCUAUUAUGUGGGCAUGGCAAAAGGCAAGAUUGUCCUUACAGGGGAAAUUAAAGUUAAUAUCCAAACUGACCAAAAUGGCACUUUCACCAUCCCACUUUUGGUCAAUGAGAAAAUGGCUCCAGCCCUUCGGUUGCUGGUAUAUACCUUACACCCUGCCAAGGAGCUGGUGGCAGACAGUGUCCGAUUUCCAGUAGAGAAAUGUUUCAAAAACAAGGUUCAGCUGAAAUUCUCUGAAAAGCAGGUGCGCUCAGCUUCCAACGUCAGUUUAGUCAUUGAAGCUGCUGCCAACUCCUUCUGUGCUGUGAAGGCAGUGGAUCAGAGCAUGCUGCUCCUGAAGUCUGAGAUGGAGCUGUCUGCAGAAACAAUAUACAACCUGCAUCCCCUGCAAGACUUUCAAGGCUACAUCUUUAAUGGACUUAAUCUAGAAGAUGACCCCCAAGAACCCUGUGUCUCUUCUGACAACAUCUUUCACAAAGGCUUGUAUUACACACCUGUAAUGUCUGGAUUAGGCCCAGAUGUAUACCAGUUCCUCAGGGAUAUGGGCAUUAAAUUUUUUACCAACUCAAAGGUUAGGCAACCAGUUGUGUGUAGCAGUGAGACUGUAAGACCUUCACCAUAUUUGUUGAAUGCAGGAUACAUGGCUUCCUCGCACCAUGUCAAAUCAUCAGCUGAUGAAGUGGCUAGAGAGGAGAGACUCAUCCUUGAGACUGUUCGUGAAUUCUUCCCUGAAACUUGGAUUUGGGAUAUAGUCUUAAUUAA